ACCAAUCCUCUCCCUCUCCGUCGGGAUGACCUUCUCCGUCUUCUGCUAGUCGCGCUGCAGGUGAUACGCCUACUGCUGCGGCACUCAUCUUCUAAUUCAUUUUUUUUUCCCACAAACCUAGGAACUUGCUGGAGAAGUCUCCCGUGGAGAGUCCUGUUAAUGGGGCUACGACCGACGGAUCAUGAAUGGAUGGAUGGAUAGUAGGGGGAAUAAAGUGUUCGACUUUUGACUGACUGACUUGCAAAUUACAAUAUACUAUCAUUGUAAGUAAAAGCAGCAAGAGUUGUGAUGGUACAGAAGUAAAGAAUUCAGAUAUUCAAAGUUGUUUCAGUUCAAAGUCAUAUCUGCUGAUUAAAGAAGGCCAAAGAGAAAAAAGAGAAAGGAGAAGGAACCAUUCUUUAAUUGCUGGGAGGCAAGGAAUGCAUUGCAUCAAGGAGCGCUGGUUCAAGUGGGAUACGGGAUACCUUCAAAUUAAAGAGUGAUUUUUCCUACAAGAGAAAGCAGUACGUACCUUCAGAGCCACAAGAAAGUUCCAGCAUGGACACAGUUCAAGGUGCACAGGACCCUGAAUACAUCCGUAAUUUGCCCCUCUUAAGGGCUAUAGAUAAAGGUGACUGGGAGACUGCCAAGAACUUUCUUGAUAAUAACCCCGGCGCGCUAACUGCCAGCCUUACUUCGGAUGAGGACAAAGCUCUUCAUGUUGCAGUUCUAGCUGGAAAUGUAGAGAUUGUUGAAGAGUUGGUGAAUCGGCUAUCUUCAAAAAACUUGGAAGUGAAAAACCAAAAAGAAUCCACAGCUUUGAACUAUGCUGCAAUGGGAGGUAUCAAAGUAAUUGCUGAGCACUUGAUCAGAAAGAAUCAAAAUUUGAUUACAAUCUGCAACGGUAAUGAUCAAAUCCCAGUUGUUGUGGCUUCUCUAUAUGGUCAUAAAGAUAUGGUGCGGUAUCUUUACGAAAAGACAGCAAAACAAUAUUUGAAAGGCGCGAAUGGUGCUAUGCUUCUCACAACUUGUAUCAUGGGAGAUCUAUUUGAUAUUGCUUUGGAUCUUCUUCAACAUCAUCCAAGAUUGGCAGUCGCCCAAGAUACUGACAAGGAUACAGCCCCUGACGUGUUGGCUAAAAAGCCUUCUGCAUUUCCAAGUGGAACUACUCUUAGAUUUUGGCAGCAUUGGAUAUAUUCACUUAUAUGUAUUCCGUCACAUCAAACUUUGCGCAACACUAAUGGAGACAUUGAGAGGCUCCAUUCUGGAUCACCCAUUCGGAGGAACAUGAUUGCAGAAGGACUUCCCAAGCUUGGGGAAACGUUUUGGCGGCACCUAAAAAAUUUUGUCCCAGCUAUCAGGUACCUUUAUGACUUGAAGUUGACUCAUGCCCAAGCCCAGAAACUACUGUGCUGCAUUUGUGAAGUAAUAUUUACUAAUCCUGAGUCAGAGUUUGAGAAAAUGGGGGUAUACAAAGCAGUAUUCAAUGCUGUUAAGCAUGGCAUUGUUGAGUUCAUAGAAGAGAUAAUUAAACAAUAUCCUGACAUUAUAUGGAGCACUGAUAAAAAUGGACGAGGUAUAUUUCUCUGUGCCACUGCAUGUCGUCAGGAAAAGAUAUUCAACCUUAUAUAUCACCUGGGUGCCAAGAGCUUAUUGGCAGCAAGUUGUGACAAGGAUCAAAAUACCAUUUUACAUCAAGCUGCACUAAUAGCACCAUCUUCUCAGCUUGAUCGUGUUUCGGGUGCAGCCCUGCAGAUGCAAAGGGAGCUUCAGUGGUUCAAGGAGGUGCAGGAUAUUGUACAACCCAAGUAUACGGGGAUGUUUAAUAGCAAAGACAAAACACCUCGAGCACUUUUUACCGAGCAGCACAGGAAGCUAAAGGAAGAGGGGGAAGAAUGGAUGAAGGAGACAGCAGAAUCUAGCGCCUUUGUGGCUGCUCUCAUUGCUACCAUAAUGUUUUCAGCAGCCUUCACCGUUCCUGGGGGUGAAGAUGCUGACACUGGUUAUCCUCUCUAUUUGGAUAGAAACUCUUUCAUGGUUUUCAUAAUAUCCGACGCAGUGUCUUUGUUCACUUCCUCAACUUCGUUGUUGAUGUUCUUGGGAAUUCUCUCAACACGGUAUAGAGAAGAAGAUUUCCUCAUAUCUUUACCGACAAAAUUAAUCGUAGGUUUCUCCACCCUUUUCUUUUCUAUAGCAACUAUGAUGAUCACUUUCGGAAUCACCCUCGUUAUCAUGUUACGCCAACGGGCACCUUGGGUUUCUUUUCCAAUUAUCUUGCUCGGUAGCGUUCCUGUCACCAUUUUCGCAAUGCUACAGUUCCCGCUCUUUGUUGAAAUUUUGUGGUUGACAUAUGGUCCUGGAAUUUUCGAUAAGCCAAAGAAGAGGUUGUUCAUGUCAGGGAAAAUGAAGAGAAGCUAGUGGUUCAACUGAACAGACUUGACUUUACCUAUUUUGUUAUGUAUCUGUUGCUUGAAUAUGAAUAUUGCCUACGCUUGCAUUCAACCCUUUUUCUUAUUCAUUGCUGUUAACUUGGAGAGGGAGGAUGAUUGUAUGAUUGUAUUUGCUGUGGAAUUUGUCAAGAGCAGUAAAAGAAAAAAGAAGAAUGUGCAUUAUCUCAAUAUUGUAAUGAUUAAAGAAUACAAUGAGAAAAUCAAAUAUAUUUG